GUGGUUACGUAUGGCCAACAUGACAUACGUAAACAUUAAUUUGAGGAGGAAAUUGUGCUAUUUUUGCGGCAUUUUUUUUCUGCUUGCAUCGCUCACGUGAGGGAAUCAGAUAUCAAACUGAGAAAAUCACUUCUAACUUUAGUCAAUUUUUCCUUAUUCUGUUCCGGGAAGGUGAGAAAUAUUUAAUUCAUCCACUGUCUUUGUCUUUAACUCGAAUGCCAUAUCUUCGUAACGUUACGAUAGAUCAAUCUACUCUGUCUUUUGCAGAAAUGCGUUUCGUCUUGCCUUUGAUUCUAGUUUUGUUGGGUCUGUUGAGGGUGGAUUCCUUUGGACUUUUCAGGUAGGCUUUCCUCAUUUGCACAGGUUUUUUUCGUCACACGCGCGCCUGGAAGUAAAAACAGUUGAUAAGUUGAAUAUUUUAAAACGUGCUUUAUUAUUAACCCUAGGCAAGCGACCUGCAUUGUUUAAUGAUAAAUAUUACUGGCUUUGAAGUGUAAUGAAGCGAAUUCGAUCUCAUAGAGAUGCAACGUAAUCUAAAAUUCACUGUAGCAGUGUACCGGAGGUAAACAUAAUAUUUACAAUUGGAAGUUACGAAACUUCAUCUUCCCAUCGAUUUUUAUCACCCACUCCCGAAUUUUAAAUUUGUUCCCUACUUUUUUUUUCACACCCUUGUGUACACGUAGCCGUUAUUUAUGGCGAUAGGACUGAGUUGAGUCCAAUCCGGUCUAUAAUCAUAUUAGUGAUGAAAAAAAUCAUAUGGCUGCGAAGCAGAAUCUGAUUUGUUAAUUACAAAGUCUGGUUAAUUACCAAUUAAUCAAAGCUAUGACAAAAUUUGAGAAAUAAACCAGCCAUUGCAUAUAUGUUUUCAUAGAAAACAACAGUUGACUUGGCUAAAUGCGCGGCAGUGGAGUGGAGGCAUCACACUUACUGUUCCAUCACACAGGCAUGAAGUGUACACUGCCCAAUUACAAGCAUGAGGGGUGCACUGUCCUCUUAGUGCUCAUUGUUCAUAAUCGAUGUAUUAUAGAUUUUAACUAAUUUUUAAGGUCAUUUAAUUAAUUCUCAUUUACAUUUAAUUAUGAUCAGCAGCCCAGAAUACGAAGAUGAUGUUGAUUUCAACCUGUUCAUUUUUACUCAGUGGUGGCCACAGACACAAUGUUAUCAGGUUAGAACGCUUAUGGUUAAAAUUAUAUCAUAUUGACACCUAAUCCCUCCCCUCUUUGUCAAGCUCCUCACUUCCCAUCGACAAUCAAGGAGAGCCUAUAGCAAAUAAACAACUAAGGGGAGAGGGAUUGGGAAGCAAUGAAAUACUUAUUACUGUUAAAUGUUUACCUCCUUUCCCCUGUCACUGUCAGUGGCGUCAUUCUUGCUACACCUUUAACUCUUUAACUCCCAGACCAAAUUUCUAAUUCUCCUUGCUGUCAGCCAUACAGUUCUUACAAUGUUGGUUCAGAGAAUUUAGUAUUGGAUCAACUUAUCAUCCCUGAAUGUAUAUAUUUCUUUAUUCUCAUUACUUAUCUGGUUGAUAUUGUAUUGAUAUUGUAAGGAGAAAUUCUCUCUUGGUCACUCAUGGGAGUUAAAGGGUUAAGUCAUCUUAGACUUUCCUCCAUUUCACCAAUCAAAAUAGCACAACAUCAAAAAAUUUAAAACUUGCUUGUCACAUCACAUGCCUGCUAUAUACCUGAGUUGAUUAAGUUAUCAGUUUAUAACUUUGCCCAAUGAUGUUUAGCUCAAGGUCAAACCAUGAUAUUAUCAUAAAUUUUGAAAGAUUUCUUAUUUUAGUAUGUUAAUAUGUUUUACAAUUUUUAACCUGGAAACUAAUCGAUAUUGCAUGUUAUUACAGCUUGUAAUUAGGUUUUAAUAGAUUGUAUACAUCAUUUACACUUUUUAUUGAUGGGAAUUGUCACAUAUAGAGAUAACCUCAUGAUUUCCAUUUCACGAGGUAUUUCUGUUGUUAUAAUUAUUAUUUGUAUCUCUUCAAUGAAGUAUUUUAUUGAAUUGUAUUUUAUACUAUUUUUGAUUUUGAUUUCUUUGUCCCACACUUGUGACAAGAUGAAAAACAUCUUUCUUUAUUCUUCUAUUUUUCGAUUUGUUGUUUGUGUUUGUGUUUGUGUUUUUUUGGUUUUUAAGGCUGAUGUAAAGAACAAGACCUGCGUACCUUCAGGAAUUUCUAAAUGGACAAUCCAUGGCUUGUGGUACAAAUUGUCUUUUUUUUUAAUCUUUAUUACCCCAUUAUCAUCAUUGACAAAAGAAAUGAUAAUAUAAUUAAUAUAUAGUAUGGUAAAUGAGCACAGAACAACAACAUCUCAAAAGCUUUUUACUCAUCAUCUUUUCGAUUAUUUCUUUCAUCAGUAUCUUUACUUGUGUGCAGAUCUGGUAAUGUGUUUUCUUUUUUCUUGACACUCGACAAUCAAUUUAAUGGGGGCAGGGGAUGGGAAGAAUGCAGGAGAUGGGUAAGGAUAGGUCUGAAAGUGCAUUAUCUGGGAAGAGGAUCAGGGGAGAAAGAAAACAAUGUUGUGAAAGAAGGUGCUGGGUGUCAAAAGUGCAGAAGGGGGAGAGGGAGCACUGCAUAGGAAUAAGGUUGUAGCCAGGAUUUUUUUACCAGGGGUUGCACAGUUUUUCAUGAGGUGUAGCUUCUUAUGAUUGGUGCAUGUAUUUUCCAUUGUAUAGGGUUUGUGCUAAGUAGAAUUAAAGGGCAUUCAUUCAUAUUAUGAAAAGGGGGUCACAGGCAUGUUAGGACUAUCCCCAUGCUCUGCAUUCUGGGAAAAGGGAAGAUUCUCAUCCCCAGGUCUCUCUCCCUUCCCUGUGUAGAAUUCCCCCACCCAUCCUACCAUCUAGACACCUGUCUUCAAGAAUCAUGAAACCAUCAAAGAGAGAAUUCAAGAUUAUUUGCAGCAAAUUCCUGCUAAACUCAUACCUAACAGAUAAUUUUUCGUUCCUGGCAGGCCAACUAUUGGUACAGAACAUGCACCUGUGUAUUGUAACAAGUCCUGGCCCUUUGAUGAGAAAGGCAUUGAGGUAAUUUAAAUUCAAGACUCAAAGGCCUCUUCAUCAGGAUUUUUUCAGAAAUCAUUGUACCUGAGGUUUGGUACUCAUGGGCGUUGGGGCUCUCAGGCAUGGUGAUACGUUUUUCAAACCCCAACUUAACUCUUCAGCACCCUUACCCCUCAUUUAUACACCCCCACCUGUCCAAGCACAUCUUUUGGCAGACUGUAAAAUGUUUCCGCCUAUUUCCCCUCUAAUAUACAUGAAAAAAAUUAUACAUGUCUGAUCGGCUGAAAACAAGUGCAUCUUUCACGUAACACAAGUGAAAAGUUGUAACACGAGUGAAAAUUAUGGCAGUGUGCACUGCUUAAAUUUCAUCUGUCUUGACUUUCUUUGUAUGUUUUUCAUGUAAAUUAUUAAUAAGUAACAACAUGCAUUGAAAAAUUUACCCGUGCUUAAUUAAUUAAUUAUUUAUCAAAGAUAUCUGCAACUGAUGUUAAAAGAGUUUGGCCAUUGUUUGAUUAUGAAUUUUGAUUUGAAAUGAUGGUUGUACAUGGCAACUUGAGAGUAUGUUGCAUCUCUUUUUAGGAUUUGAUACCAAAAUUAAUGCUUCAGUGGCCAUCUUAUGAAACUCCUGGUGAUUAUGUGGGAUUCUGGUAAGGGUGUGGUGGGUAUGUUGUGUUCAUACGUGACAAAGUGUGACAUCAAGUGAGCUCAGCUACAACAAGUGUUACUGUCUACAGCCCUCAUAAACAGCCCUGAGUGAUAACUGAAGAAACUACUAUUCACCUUUUUGCCGCCGAAAAGACAAAAUCGCUUGUCAAUAGUUUAAUUUCCGACCAUCAUGUUUUUGGAGAAUUGAUAGAAAUGAUCUAAUUUUUUGCUUCUUUUGUGGCUAGUAAUAAAACAGCUGUUCUCUUCGUUGUCUUGAAAGUGGUGGGUAUUUGCCUCAUCUUUGGCGAAUAAAUAUUUAUUUUUUAUGUCUAGAAGGUCUAUUUUAUCAGGCUCUCCAGUUUUUUUGUUCUUUGCUUCUUACUCAGGAAACACGAAUGGGAUAAGCAUGGCACGUGUGCAACCAAUCUUUCAUUCUUGAACUCUGAGCACAAAUACUUCCAAGUCAGCCUGUCGAUGAACAUCAUGUACGACAUUUUCGGGUGAGGAGUGAGCUAAACUGAAACCAAAAAUUCAUUAUUUUGGUAGACUUGAUCCAGCAACUGGUCGAAACUGGUCCUCUUUUUGGUUGUGGGGAAACUUUUUUGUAGCUUUAUUGACAUUUUUGUCUUCCCCUUUUUUUUUGGUUUUAGAGUUUAUGUUUCUUUUUCUUUUUUUCUGCAGUGCUCUAAAAAAGGGAGGAAUUGAACCAACAGGUGACAAAACUUACCAGGUAGGGAAUUUGAGGUGAAAUUGCUCAUGAUUUUUUACGACUUUGAGGGGUUUUCUCAAGCAUCGUGUUUCACCUGAUCUGUUCCAAAAAGCGGCCUUUUGUAGCUGAUGUAACCCAGAUUGCAUGAAUUGGUGUCCCUUAUCUGAGGAGAGUCUGAGCAACAGAGUGUCUACGCUUUGCCGUGUUUUGUGCAGACAAUGGUUUGCCCGUUUUCCCAGACUCGGCCCCAACUCUUGUCACUUUUCCCCCUCGCUUUCCUCCGUUUUCCCGCUCUCGGCAUUUCUGGCAAUAAAUGCUUCUUUUUCUCUUUAACUUGACACUGUCUCAACAUUCGUACCUUUUCCUGUUACCCUUUUCUAGCACAAGUCAUCUCCGAUACGUUUUCUUUCAUUUGGCCGUUAGUCUAAGCAAGUCGUGUGUCCCCACGCUGGGCAGCGGGAAGAAACAAAUUUUGCCUGCACGUGGCGUAGGCAAGGAACACGUGUUUUCCCUCAUUCAUCAGUGAAAGAGUGUAAACAGUUGAAUGCAAUAAGCUACUGAAUAUUUUCAUUUCUGUCUAAGGUAUUUCUUUGUCUUUGAAAUGCUAAGAAAAAUUCAGUGGAGACGAGAUAUCUUGUGGACAAUCAUGAAUGGCUAACUGAAAUCAUGAUUUACUUAAUUAGUUACUUGUCCUUUUUGCUUCAAGGUGGGAGAUAUUGACGCUGUCCUGUUCGAGUUUUUUCAAGUUCAUCCUACAGUCUACUGCCUGCCUGUCAAGGUAAGAAAACCACCCAUUGUUUUUUCAUCUAUUGUAAAUGUUUGAUUCAUUGCGAAUUCGUUGAGGGGCGGUAUCACAGCUGUACAGGAAGCGCCAAGCGCCAAGCGUAAGAGGGAGUGACGGAAAGGAUUAUUAUUAUAUCGUUGGCAGCGCCCGUGGGCGAUAUGAAAUGAAUCCCUUGUUCUGAUUGGCUACCCGAGAGGGCACUAUGGGCCUAUCUCGUCCGCUAGAGAUUGCCCGCUUUUAUCCCGCGCGACGAAAAAAUUGCUUGGAGCGGACUUAUAAAGUUCGUAAUUUUUGGGCAACGCAGGCAAUGGAGUCGCAAAAAGCAAAACAAAGAAAUCAGAAACGAUUCUCGUGGGUUUAUUGUGCUACAAACACAGGUGGCUUUCUUUCCCGGCUCUCGAAAUCAAUUCUGAAUUAAUUUCGAAAUAAAAACGGAAAAAAAGAAGGAGACUAAUAUUCAGCCAUCUUGACUGAACAGACUUUGUCAAUAACGCAUUUUUACCAUAUAAGUGAUCGGAAGAAGGAUCUUUGGACGAGACAGGAUCUAAAACGUUUGGGACAGAGUGUAUUUCAGCCUUUAACAUGUGUCUUCCUUUCUUUUUUGUGUUUUACUCUUGUAGCAUUCUGUGCAGAUGUUAAGCUAUGUGGAGUUGUGUUUCAACAAAUCUCUGACGCCAAUUAAUUGUUUGAACACCACCGCGAACUGUGAUCACGAAAAACCCGUGCAGUACCCACAAAUCAUUCAUGCUGGACUGGAAAGCGUGGUCUAGCGUUCAUCGUUAUGAUAAGAUCAGAUUUAGAUGUAGAAGUUAGGAAUUUUUCUCAUUUUUUUUACAGGUAGAGAAAAAUGACUCUUAAAAAAAGUUCACAAAAGAUCAAGUUAGCGAAACGAUAAAAAAAAACUAAUGAAAACAGCUUUUAAAAAUUCUAAAUAAUUAGGAGCAGUUUUUUGUCUAGGAGACAUUUGCAAACGUUUGAUAGACAGGUUUGAGGACGAGUUAUUUUUGUAAUAGUCUGGAAAACCUUUCACAAGCCUUACAAACAACGUGACCGUAUCAAAUUAAAAGAUUUCUGCGUCCUUCUUAGCAUGUAGUUUACUUCAUUUAGUUGAGCGACAAAAAAUUCAAUUACAGCAAAACCUCGUCUUGAAAGAGCUGCAUCGAGGUUUGUGUUUCUUGGAGAAUCUAACGAAAGUUUUAAAGCUGGCGCGAAGCUUUAAAUAACUACAGGUGCUUUAAUUCUAGGCUUCGUUGUUUUUUUACUAUCAUGCGGGAGAAAAUCUGGGGCUCAUGCAUAAUCCAUUUGUAAAAUAGGUAGUGAGUAAAGUGAUUAACCUAAAAAGUGUGAGCUUGUGAACGAAUAAGCCCGCAACCAAUAGCCUUCUUGUUAAGUUUUAAACGACAAGUAGAUUUAUUCCGAAACAAUUCGAUUAUUUUCUCUCGAUUUCUUUGCGUGAUAGCAGAUAAGGGUGAAAUAGAAAUCUGGAGGUCAUAAUUUGAUUGUUGAUUAAUAUCCCGGUAGUAAUUUGUAGGAUUUUAGUACUUCGGUGUUCUUUGACGUCAUGAUCACGUUUUCGAAAUUCAAAUUUGUUUGACUUGAAGAUGCCUCUAACCUUAAGAUGACUCUAACCUUAAGCCGUCUGAUUUUGCUGUCGCUGCUCACUGAGCUGCAAAGAACUCGUUAGCGAGGUAGGCUUUGCCCGUAUGUUCGUAUGCAUGAUUAAGUAAAAAUAUUGGCUCUUCUUUUUGAACGAAAGGAUGACUUUAAUUAUAUAUAUAUUUUUAUUGAAUCAGUCAAUGGAAAGAUGAAAGGGGUGAAGAAUUAAAUAAACUUUCUGAUGAAUAGAAGA